UACCAGCCUCGAGUUGAUAUGUAAUAUAUAUAAAAUUUAUUACUGUAUUUUUAUUCAACAGCGAAACACCCAGCACAAAAACGUUGACAUUAUGAAAUUCAGUAAUUUAUUAUUCAAUUCAAAUUUGUUGCAAUUAUUGCUUUAGAUAUCAGUAUGACGAUCGCAAAAUCUGCACGUGAUUAAAUCAGAUCCAGAUCUUAUCAGAAUAAGAAACAUCGAUCACGUGCAAUGAAAGAAGAAAGAGAGGAGGCAAAGGAAGAGAAAGGGAAAUUACCGCGUUCCGCGUUCUACCUGAUCAAAAAGAGCCGAUUUAGCACGGCGGGGCAAAAUUUGAAGAAACACGAAGCGGAACGCGUUGACGCCGGGCAACCGGAGGCGGCAAGGAUGCGCAAGCAUCCGUGAGCAUCAUUGUUAUUCUACGGCUUAAGCGUGGGAAGCGAAUACCUUCAUGCUCUAGCGAACACCCACAGAGUUCUCCCCUUUCACGACAUAAUCGCUCCCCGAUUUUACCGUGUCUUGUAUCGCGUUCGAGUAUCAAGAGGCGAUCAAGAUGACGUAUAGCACUACUUCGCGCUGACCUAACGGUCGCGUAGUUUUCUCGCUUGAAUGCACAAAAAAAUGUGGAUGUUACGAUUUCUCGAAGUAUCGCCACAGUUGUCGAUUCAACGUAUCUCACGACGCAUCAAAGAUGGCAAAGCAAAGUCGCCCCUUUAUGAUCAUCACUUUAGCAAUUACAUUCGCUAUUCUUUAUUCAGGAAAUGCAUUGAAAUGUUAUCAAUGCAAUUCAUUAGAAAACAAGGCUUGUGCAGACGGACCAUUACCAACCUCAAUGAUUAUAGAAUGUAAAUUACCACCGCCGCCCAUUCCAUCGACUACCUCAUCCACUACUACAUCAUCGACUCCGUCGUCUAUCAGUACGUCGAUAACUACCCCGUCGUCUACCAGUACAUCGACAACUACCCCAUCGUCUACCAAUACGUCGACAACUACUUCGUCCCCUACCAGUACAUCGACGAAAACCUCGUCGUCUACUAGUACGUCGACAACAACUCCACCAUCGACAGCUACUCCGUCGUCUACCAGUACGUCGACAACUACCCCGUCAUCUAUUAGUACGUCCUCGACUUCUCUAUCAUCUACCAGCACAUUGACGACAAUCCCGUCGUCUACUAGUACGUUGACAGCUACUCCGUCGUCCACUAGUACGUCGACAACUACUCCGUCGUCCAUCAGUACGUCGUCGACUACUUCGUCAUCGACAAUCCCAUCAUCUACUACUACGUCGACUACUCCGUCGUCUACCAGUACGUCGACAACCACUCUGUCGUCUACCAGUACAUCGACGACAAUCCCGUCGUCUACUAGUACGUCGACAACGACUCCGUCAUCUACCAGUACGUCGACAACUACCCCGUCAUCUAUUAGUACGUCCUCGACUUCUCUAUCGUCUACCAGCACAUCGACAACAACCCCGUCGUCCACUAGUACGUCGACAGCUACUCCGUCGUCCACCAGUACGUCGUCGACAACCCCGUCGUCUACUAGUACGUCGACGACGACUCCAUCAUCUACUAGUACGUCCUCGAUUACUCUAUCGUCUAUCAGUACAUCGACGACAAUCCCGUCAUCUAUUAGUACGUUGACAGCUAUUCCGUCGUCCACCAGUACGUCGACGACUAUUCCAUUAUCCACCAGUACAACGACGACCCCGUCGUCCACCAGUACGUCGACAACUACUCCGUCGUCUACUAGUACGUUAUCGACAACCCCGUCGUCUACUAGUACAUCGACAGCUACUCCGUCGUCCACCAGUACGUCGACGACUACUCCAUCGUCAACCAGUACAUCAACGACAACCUCGUCGUCUACUAUUACGUCGACAGCUACUCCGUCGUCUACCAGUACGUCGACAACUACCCCAUCAUUUACUAUUACGUCGACAGCUACUCCGUCGUCUACCAGUACGUCGACAACUACCCCAUCGUCUACUAGUACGUCGACAGUUAUUCCGUCGUCCACCAGUACGUCGACGACUACUCCAUCGUCCACCAGUACAUCAACGACAACCUCGUCGUCUACUAUUACGUCGACAGCUACUUGGUCGUCUACCAGUACGUCGACAACUACCCCGUCGUCUACUAGUACGUCCUCGACUACUCUAUCGUCUACGAGUACAUCGAUGACUACCCCGUCGUCUACCAGUACGUCAUUGACUACCCCAUCGUCUACCAGUACGUCGACGAUUACUUCGUCAUCCAUCCCUACGGGAAUUCCAGCAUCGAACAAUGAAAUAGAUCAAUCGUCAUCAUUGCCAGAAGAUCGGAAUGUUGUGCUACGUCAUAGCAGAUUACGAAGAAGUAUUCUUCCUCACGCUCAACAAAAUACAUAUGCAAAAGAAGAAUGGAGUUGUGCCAUAAUUAAACAUCUCUACAGUAACGCCACUGAAAUCAUCGAACGUACGUGCGUUCUUCCCAACUAUGCAUGCACAGAAAGUUCCGAUAACAAAUGUGAAAUUAAGAAAAAAUGCAAUACAAAUGAGUGUAAUAAUGGUAAUGUGAUAUCAAUUAAUGUGGUAACUUUAACAUGGCUUAUUCUAACAUGGACGACUGCAUAUAUUUUUACGGAUUCUAAUAAUUUAUAAACUUAAAGCGUUGUGAUAUUAUUUUACAUGAAAUGUAUCAUUUAAAAUUGAGAAUCUUCUGGCAAGAGUUCAUAUUACGUUAAAUAAAUUUUUGAAAAUAAAA